AUGUUUCCGCUGCCAGUGACCGAAGCCGUUCUAUGUCUUGGUUACUCAUCCUUGGACAAGGGCCUUAUUCCAGAUUUUGUUAUACGCCCAGUCAUACGAGCCUUAUGUCGCCAGAGACUUCGUGAGAUUGAUACCGGCUCAUUCGACGCCAAUCAUGCCGCCAAGAUGGAGUGGAUUGAACGCGCCCGCGCGCGAAAGGCCAUCGCAGAUCUCACAGAAAAAGCAAACAAGCAACACUACGAAGUGUCGACCAGUUUCAUCUUGUCCUGCUUGGGGCCCUGCGCUAAGUAUUCCUCCUGCUUUUAUCCAACUGGAGAGGAGACACUGGGAGAAGCUGAAGUUCAUAUGCUGGAGAUGUAUUGCAAGAAUGCACAAUUGAAGGAUGGACAAGACGUUCUCGAUCUAGGGUGUGGAUGGGGUAGUUUGACAUUAUGUCUGGCUCAGAAAUACCCAAAUUCGCGUAUCACGGCCUUGUCGAACUCAACCACCCAGAGAGUAUACAUCGAGGAAACAGCACGUUGUCGAGGCAUCACUAAUAUAGAGGUGAUCACCGCAGACAUCAACAUCUUCGAUUUCAAAGGCUCAAAGCACUUUGACCGUAUCCUAUCCAUAGAGAUGUUUGAGCACAUGAAGAACUACAAGCUGCUCAUGGCCAAGAUCUCGUCUUGGCUUCGCCCAGAUUGUGCCGCCGAAAAUGCGCUUGUCUUCAUACAAGUCUUCUGCCACCGCACUAUGCCGUAUGAUUUCGAGGAUGGCAAUGGCUGGAUGGCUAGCAUGUUCUUCUCUGGUGGAACCAUGCCCUCUCACGAUCUCCUCCUUUACUUCCAGGACGACUUGUCUCUUGUACGUAGCUGGUAUAUUAAUGGCAGGCAUUACGCGCAGACGUGUGAGGACUGGCUCAAGCGGCAGGACGAGUUUGGUGCGGUGGGUCUUGCGACGCUCAAGAUGGACGCAGAGAAAAAGGGCCUCGACGGUGAAGAGGGCUCGAAAAUGUUCUACAGGUUCAGAGUAUUCUACAUGGCAUGUGCAGAGUUGUUUUCCAUGAACGAUGGCCAAGAAUGGGGCGUGGGGCAUUAUUUGUUCAAGAGGAAAGACUGA